AUGGAUAAACAAGACGUGGUCCAUGCCUACAAAGAAUGCUACUCAGCCAUAAAGAGAAGAGAAGCCCUGCUCUGUGCUACGACGUGGACGAACCCUGACAACAUUGCGGUGGAUGGACCCGCUCCAGGCCGCUCUAGGCCGUUCGGCUCGACUGUUUGCUGGCCGCUCGCGCUUCCCGCCCCGUCCCGCGGGAUCGACGUCUCUCUGCACCAAUCGGAGGCCGCCGCGGUCCCAGGCCUGCCCCCCCGCCACCUUCCACCCCUGGGCAAGCGGCUGCGCACGCGCACUCGCCGAAGGCUGAGGCGGAGACGACUGGAGGCCCGAGCAGCCCGCGUGGGCUUGAGGGGAGCUCGCCCGGCCAUGCGGGCUCUCAGGGACCCGGUUGCCGCCGCCCCUGUUCCGGGCGGCCCGCGGGCCCAGGUGUCUAUUAUUCUCCCAGUGCACAAUGCUGAACGCUGGUUGGAUGAGUGUUUGAAGUCUGUUUUACAGCAGGACUUUGAAGGAACCAUGGAGCUCUCAGUCUUCAAUGAUGCCAGUCAGGACAAGUCUAUGACUAUAAUUGAAAAAUGGAAAGUGAAGUUAGAAGAUUCUGGUAUCCUUGUGGUCAUUGGAGGUCAUGAUUCUCUUUCUCCCCGAGGAGUUGGAUAUUCUAAAAAUAGGGCAGUAGCCCAGAGCUCAGGGACCUACCUUUGCUUCUUGGAUUCAGAUGAUGUGAUGAUGCCGCAGAGGGUGAGGCUGCAACACGAAGCCGCUGCUCAGCACCCCAGAAGUAUUAUCGGCUGCCAGGUAAGAAGAGACCCUCCAGGCUCCACUGAGCGGUACACGCGCUGGAUCAACCAGCUGUCGGCUGACCAGCUUCUCACCCAGGUUUUUACCUCAAAUGGCCCGACGGUGAUCAUGCCCACCUGGUUCUGCUCCAGAGCGUGGUUUUCCCACAUUGGCUGGUUUGAUGAGGGUGGACAGGGCAUCCCCGAGGACCUGCUCUUCUUCCAGGAGCAUCUCCGCCAGGGUGGCCAUGUCAUCCGUGUGGAACAGAGCCUCCUUCUCUACCGCUACCACCCGCAGGCCACCUCGCUGUCCGUCCUCGAGUGA